AUGCAUUGGGAAAAUAAAGAUCAAGUAACUGAAGAGUUGACUAGAAUUGUUCUUGCAAUUCAGGUUAUGGCAGCUGGAAUAAAUUUACCGAGAGCUUAUAUUACACGUCAAUUCACUUCAAUGGCAAUCAUGUUGUUACCAGUUAUGAUAUGGAUGUGGAUUACAAGUGCCGUUAUAAUUUAUCAUUUCAUCUCAGAAUUGACUUUUUUAGAAAGUUUGUUAAUAGCUUCUUGUAUAACACCAACUGAUCCAAUUCUUGCCAACUCUGUUGUACAAGGCUCAUUUGCUGAGAAAUACAUUCCAAGCAAUGUUCGUCAUUUAUUAUCUGCUGAAAGUGGGGCUAAUGAUGGAAUGGGAUUUCCAUUUAUGUUUUUGGCAUUAUACCUAUUACAAAAAUCAAAUACUACUGGUUCUGCAAUAUCACAAUGGAUAUAUUUUGUUUGGGGAUAUCAUAUAUUAUUCUCUAUUGUAAUUGGAAUUAUAAUUGGAUGGGGCGCAAAAAAAUUAUUAGAAAUAGCUGGAUCAAAAAAUUGGAUUGAUAAAGAGUCAUUCCUAGUUUUUGCUAUUGCACUCGCAAUAUUUGUUGUAGGUGGUGUUAGUAUACUUGGCUCAGAUGCUUUACUGUCCUGUUUUACGGCUGGAUCUAUAUUGGCUUGGGAUGAUUGGUUUCAACAAGAAACUCGUGAUGCACAUCUACAAGAAGUCAUUGAUUUACUUCUCACUCUUACAACUUUUACAUAUAUCGGGAUGAUAGUUCCAUGGUCAAGAUUUAAUUCAGACAUACUUUCAUUACAGAGACUCAUACCAAUUAGCAUCUUGAUUUUAAUUUUUAGACGAUUACCAAUAGUUCUAACACUUAAAAAAUUUAUUCCAGCAAUUCACACAUUUAAAGAAGCAAUGUUUGCUGGUUAUUUCGGCCCAAUAGGUGUUGGUGCGGUUUUUCUAGCUAUGACAGUUAAAAAUGAGGUUGAGAAAAGGGAAAAUGAUAUGGAUGCAAAUAUAGCAAAUCGUACAAAAGAUAAUGUUUUUCCAAUUGUUGCAUUUAUUGUUAUUAGUUCGGUGGUAGUUCAUGGUAUCACAGUACCAAUACUUAAUAUUGGAUCAAGGAUUGAUAUCGAACGACUUCCAACUAUUGCUAGUAUUAGUGAUCAAGUUGCAAGACUACCAAUUGUUGAUUUUGUGGAAAGUUUAUCUGUUGAACAUGAUGCUCAAGGAAGUGUACAGGAGGAAGAAGGAAUCGAUGAAAGUGACAAUAGUGUAAAAGAUGAAAUGAAGACCAAUAUUUUGAUUGAUCUUGGAAAUGGUGACGAUGAGGAAGUUGAUAAUCAAUCACAAUCUUCUAAAAACAAAUUAUCAAGCAGAAAUUCUUCAGAAUCAGUCGAUAAUAUAAGUUCUGAUUAUAAUAAUAAUAAUCAAAAUAAUCAAAAGUAG